AUGGACAUGGACUUCGGAGUCGGCAGCUACGAGAUGAAAAAUAUUCUUUCGGCUCUUGCGUCGCUCGCGAGAUAUCACGAUGCGGAGGAGCUAUCUGACCUACCAAUGAACCAGUACACCUCCUCCGGCGUCGAGGCCUUGCUGGAUGAAGGCAUUGCUGGUGGGGAAAUGCUCAAUGAUGUUCUCGUCUUCCACGUCGUCGACCUCGACGACAUGGUGGUUGAAAUUCACGAAGAGAUGAUCAUCGAGAGGCAACCUCAGCACUGA